UGCAUAAAUUGACUAAAAACCCAACACAUUGACGAAGUCACAUAUAUAUACACGAACAUCUUGUAUAUACAUACGGAGUGGAAACAAUAUCAAAUUUUAUAAAUUUAUCAGUAAACAUUAUUAAAUAUUAAUGUAAAUUGUUUAAAAAUUACGUAUCUAAACAAUUUUAACACUUCGGUAAAAAACUUAAAAUUAAAGUGAAUUUGUUAUUUGAUUUUUUUCGUCAGUUGUUAGUUGGUUAUUUUACAAAAGAAAUUUCCAAAUAGAAAAAGGAUACUGUGGCUAAAACAUACACAUUCUGAGAAGAUGCGCAGUCGUACGGAAAUGGUUACUACCACAUUUGUGGAUUCCGAAGAAGAUUAUAGUGAUGACGAUGAUUCCGAAGAAGAUUGGAGACCGUCAGCAUCCAAUAAAAACGGUAAAAAACAAAAACAACAAAAAUGUAGUGGUGUCCCAUCAAAGAGGGGACGAAAGCGUAAAAGUAAUUCAGGACAACCUAAUAAAAAUUCAAAACGUAAAGCCACCUAUGAAGAAAGCGAAGAUGACGAUAAAGAUGAACUAAGCGAAGACGACUACGACUACAAUGAAUUCGAAACCAUAUCCGGUCCAUCAACAAAAAAACCAUCAAGUUUACCUCCAAAAAAGCAAUAUUCUGACAAGAAUUCAUCCACAUCUGGCAAUGAUGACUCUGGAGAAACUUUAAAUUUAUUAGUAUACAUUAAGGAUUUGACAGGAACAGACUUUAAUAAAAACAGUCGUAUGUGUUUAUGGCGUAAGGAUAGCAAUAAUUUGCUACAAAAAUAUAUACGUGUUAAAACUACACCAGAACAGUAUAUAUUCACAUCAAGCUCAGUGUACUCCAGUUUCGACGACAAACGCAUUUCUGAUUUUUAUGAUAUUAAAGUCACGUCCAUAGAUUCUAGCAACCGACGUGUUAAAAUAAUUAACCCAUCUGAAUUGCAAAAAAUAUAUCAUAAGGCUCUAAAGUAUAAAAACAAUACUGACGAUGAUAUUUUGAGUGAUGAAAAGUCAGACAUUGCUGAGAACGAACAAAUUUGUGUAAAAGACAAGAAAAAUCUUAAAAAAUUAUGUGAAACUGUGACAAAACAUCAUCAAGACGAGGAUGAUGAUGAGGAAGAAGUUGAAGAAGAAAAUGAUGAGGAGGAAGAUGAAGGUGACUUGGAAGGAGAUGACGAUGACGAUAUUGAAGAAGAUGAUGAAGCUGAUGAUGCUUAAGUACAUUACGACGAGAGUGAAAAUAAAUGGAAAAGAUAACUUACUACAGCAACUAUCGAUAUAAGGCAACGAAAAUCCCUUUCAAUUCUGUAGAAAACAUAAAUGCAUAAUUAUAAUAUAAAAUAAUAUGGCCAGCAAAAUUACCCAAAAUAAAUACUACAAUACUGCCCUGUAGGAUUUUGUGAGUUAACUAAAAAUCAAGUUAACUUUUUUCUAACUUAUUAUGACUAACUUCAAAGUAACUCAAAAAUGAUCGAGAAAAUGAGUAAACAUUUCAAUAUUACAUAUAUUAAUAUUUUUAGUUAGGAAUAAUAAUAUAAGAUAUACAUAUAAAAUGGUGUAUAUAAAAAGAAAUUGAUUGCAUUUAUAUUCAACAAUAAUUUGGUAAAAUAGUAUAAAAAUAUAAGAAAACUCUUACUUAUUUGUGAUUAACCAUAAGUUAGUUUAAAGCUAACUCAAUAUCCUACAGGGUGACUAUACUGACACAUGCAAUUUAAUUAUAGUGAUAUGGAAGAAAUGUCUACAUAAAAUAUACACAAUUGUAAAGUUCAAUACGAAAUUAAAAUCGUUUUGAAUAGUAAGAUUUACACGUAGUAUCUCGAUGUUUUUUUUUUCAUUCGAUAAAAUUAUGCAAUAACACAGCGAAAGUUAGCCUUCAAAAACAUAAAAAUAUUUAAAAUUAACAUUAUGAUAAUAGUUUUUAUCUUAAUUUUAAGGAAUAAAGAAUAAUAUUAUUUAAGCCAUCUAAAUUUAAGAAAGUAGUUUGGGGCUGACAUAGGUUUAAUAAAAAUUUAGUUAAAUCAAAUUUGCCAAGAUAAUAAAUAAAUAUUUGGCAACAAAAUAUUAAGUAUUAAUGAUUUAUUGAUAAACGUUAUUAUCGGCAACGAAUACUGGGGUUAAUUUUCAAUAGUAACAAUAUUAUAUUAUAUUUAAAAAUAAAUUCAGUUAAAAACAACUAAUUUAUUUAUUUAUAUAUUCAAACAAAAUAAUAUAUAAAUUCAACAAAACGAUUAAUCACAAAUUUUAAAAGGGUUAAAUUCAGGAUGCACCAAGUAAGGUGAAAUCGUUAAGGUAGCUGAUUUUUAUUUGUUUACUUAAAAAGUGUUUGGAUUGUGUCAAAAUAAAUUAAGGGCCUAAUUUCAUAAAUCCCUACGACUCACUUUCAUAAAAGUUUCAGAUGAAGAGGUAUUAAAACACUGUCCUGCUCCAGAUACAAGUUGAAUGCAACGACGGUUUUAUAUGUAACAUUGUGAAAAACACAAAAACUAUUUCAUUCCAAUGUUUAUUAGGUGUUCAGUGGUUUAUUAUUUUCAAUUUUAGAAAUUUCAUUUUGACAAAACCCUAGAGAACAAAAAUAUUCAAUUUGUUGCUGAACCCGCGCUCGUCUAAUUGCAUCAUGGUUCAAUUGAUUUCGUAUUUUAAUCAUGAAAUUGUAAGCUCAAAUACAUUUUAAACAACAGCAAAAAACCAGAAAAGAAAUUUUAAUUACCUAAAUCUCGUUUUCAAUAAUUUUAUUUAUCGAAGUUCAACCUAUAUGAAAAUUGGGUAUUUAAUUAUGUACUAUUUCUUAUUAAAUUCACACACAACAUUCUAUUUAAAACGCAUUUGAGCAUGAAAUAGACACGUUCUCAAAAUUAUUGUUUUAAGUAUUAUAAUAUUAAAAAUGAAAUUGUCUUAAUGUUGCUCAUAUUUUUAUUUAGUGUUGUAUUAUAUUUAAAAAUUUUCAUUUAACUAUAUUGAUAUAAUUUUAUUAAU